CCCCUCAAAGCCAUUUGCAGGUACCAAAAGCAUGGCUUCUAAACCAGGAUUUCUCACAGAUUGGCCAUGGAAGCCUCUUGGAAGCUUUAAGUACAUAAUCCUGGCUCCAUGGAUUACUGAGAGCAUAUACUCAAUCAUGGGGAAGGAUGCAAAGGACUGGGACUAUGGAAACCUUUCGAUAAUCCCGUUCGUGUUAUGGAGAAUGUUGCACAACCAGAUAUGGAUCAGCCUUUCUCGUUAUCGAACUGCUAAAGGCACCAACAGGAUUGUGGACAAGGGUAUAGAAUUUGACCAAGUUGAUAGGGAAAGCAACUGGGAUGAUCAGAUAUUGUUCAAUGCAAUUUUGUUUUACCUUGGGAUCAAAUACGUUCCAGGAGCUUCAUACAUGCCUAUAUGGAGAACAGAUGGUGUGAUUAUAGCCAUGUUGCUCCAUGCAGGUCCUGUGGAGUUCCUUUACUACUGGCUUCAUAGAGCACUGCACCAUCAUUAUCUUUACUCUCGCUACCAUUCUCACCACCAUUCCUCCAUUGUCACUGAGCCUAUUACUUCUGUGAUACAUCCAUUUGCAGAACACAUAUCGUACUUUCUCUUGUUCGCAAUACCGAUGUUGACGAUAGCUCUAACGGGAACUGCUUCCAUCUUCGCCUAUGCUAUUUACAUCACUUUCAUCGACUUGAUGAACAACAUGGGCCACUGCAACUUCGAGCUCAUUCCCAACUGGUUGUUCUCCGUUUUCCCUCCUCUUAAGUACCUAAUGUACACUCCAUCAUUCCACUCGUUACAUCACACACAGUUCAGGGUCAACUACUCCUUGUUUAUGCCAAUCUAUGAUUACAUGUAUGGCACAAUGGACAAAACUUCAGAUACCUUGUAUGAAAAAUCACUCAAAAGAAAGGAGGAAUCGCCAAACGUGGUGCAUCUGACUCACCUACUCACACCUGAGUCAAUCUAUCAUCUGCGUAUUGGAUUUGCCUCCUUUGCCUCUAAACCAUACUCAUCGGUUUGGUACUUGUGGUUGCUCUGGCCUGUUACUUUGUGGUCCGUGAUGCUUACAUGGAUUUAUGGUCGAACUUUUGUUGUUGAAAGGAACCGUUUUGAUAAACUCAAAGCACAGACAUGGGCCAUACCCAAAUACAGACAACAGUAUCGCUUGAUAUGGCAAAAGGAGUCCAUCAAUAACUUAAUUGAGGAAGCUGUAAUAGAGGCUGAUGAAAAAGGUGCUAGUGUGUUGAGCCUUGGCAUAAUGAAUCAGAGUGAAGAGCUGAACAAGUAUGGUGAGGUGUAUGUGAAGAAGCAUCCGAAGCUUAGAGUGAAGCUAGUGGAUGGGAGUAGCUUGGCAGUAGCAGUUCUUCUUAAUAUCAUACCAAAGGGAACAACACAAGUACUUGUUCGAGGCAAGCUAACUAAGGUCGCUAUUGCCGUUGCGUUCGCCCUAUGCCAGAAGGGCAUUCAGGUUGGUGUAUCACGUGAGGAUGAAUAUGAGAAGCUUGAUAAGUCAUUUGGCACCAACUCUGACGGUAAAUUGGUUAUGUCAAAGAGUUAUAGCUCUUACAAGAUAUGGUUAGUGGGAGAUGAAUUAGCAGAAGAAGAACAAAAAAAGGCAUCUAAAGGAACACUGUUUAUUCCCUUCUCGCAAUUCCCACCCAAAAAACUGCGCAAAGACUGCUUCUAUCACACCACACCCGCGAUGCAGACUCCCAUGGCACUUGAGAACGUGGAUUCUUGUGAGAACUGGCUGCCAAGGAGAGUGAUGAGUGCGUGGCGCAUAGCUGGGAUAGUGCAUGGUCUUGAAGGAUGGGAGGAACAUGAAUGUGGUUACACCAUCUCAAGCAUCGACAAAGUUUGGGAAGCAUGUCUCAAGCAUGGAUUUCAGCCUCUGAGGAUCCCAAAUCAAUCAAAAUCCUAGAUCACAUUUCACAUUGAUAUCAUUUGUCUACUUCAUAGCUAUGGUUCUAUGUAUAAGUUUUUACCUAUAUGAUAUUAUCCUUGUAUUGGAUUGGCCAUGUGAGAGUCUCUGUUCCUCUCCCAUGCCUCCAAUAGUGCGUAUUAGUGCUUCUCAGAGUUUAAAUAAACUAGCAU